UCUCGCAUACCAUGCUAAAGAAGGAAACGGAGGAACUCUCUCAGAGUCUCAGUUGAGGAGCAGCAAAGGCAAAGACAAUGGCGUCUCUGGCAACCUUGGCCGCCGUACAACCAGUCUCUGUUAAGGGCCUCGGAGGGAGCUCCCUCACAGGGACCAAGCUUUCAGUCAGGCCAUGUCGCCGGAGUCUGGCACGGACAAGCAUUAGGUCCGGCGCAGUGGUGGCGAAGUACGGCGACAAAAGUGUCUACUUCGACCUGGAGGAUUUGGGCAACACCACCGGCCAGUGGGACUUGUACGGCUCCGACGCUCCUUCACCCUACAAUCCUCUUCAGAGCAAGUUCUUUGAGACAUUUGCAGCUCCUUUCACCAAGAGAGGAUUGUUGCUCAAGUUUUUGAUUUUGGGAGGUGGAUCUCUCCUUGCCUACCUCAGCUCUACGGCUUCAGGGGACAUCUUACCCAUCAAGAAGGGACCACAACUACCACCUAAGCUUGGUCCGCGUGGCAAAAUCUAAAUUAUUUAGUGGCUCCACAUCCUUCAGUUCUCUUCAUUUUGUUGUUGUCUAUCUUUUUUUAUUCAAAAUGUAAGUAUGCUCAAGCAUUCUUAAGACCAAGAUCAGUGCUUGUUAUUUCAGAAUCAGUGAUACUAUUGUUAUUAGGUGGGAAGAAAAAGGGGCUUGAAAAUUCUUGAAUCAUAGUUUUCUGGUGCUGAGACCUGUUCAUUUA